AUGAAGGCUCCACCUCUUCCCGUGCCAUCUUCAAUGACCUUUGAUGACAAACCUACUCAGCAGCAGUCAACAACCUACAGCAACAACAACAUCAUCACCACCAACAACAACAACAACAAUCUGAGAGAGGUCGACUAUUCAGAAUAUGAGUGGAUGGAACAUAUAGAUGAGUUUGAUAAGGAGGUAUUGAAAGUUUUGGAGGAAGAAGAGGCAUUGUAUGAGGCAUAUUUCUUUGAGUGUUUCGACUUAAUAGAGUGUGAUGAUGACAUCGACAACUACCAAUAUUAUGAUGACAUGUACAGCAACAACAACUACAUCAUCAACUGCUACACCAACAACUACCUCCCGAACAAUGCAUAUGAAAACUGCCUUCAUCCAGAUGUCAAAUGUGAUGAAUACUUUUUGGAACAGUUCUCCGUGUUAAAUGUGAGCACCCUGAAUCCAGAGGCCCCAGAGUUUCAGCCAAAGUUCUCGUAA